AUUGAUAUGCUGUUUGCUGCGCAAUUCUCCUCCCUUGCCCUCAUCACGCCUCCAGCAGCAUGCCCCGCCCCCCGCUCUACCUCGUCUUCAACCCUGCAGCAGGAGCAAACGUAGCGCAACAGCUCCUCCACUCGCAUGUCGAGCCUUUACUGAAGGAGAAAGGCGUGCAAGUGGCGCGACGCUACGAGACGAAAGGGGCGGGGGAUGACGAGCUCAUUGGGCAGGAGAUACGACGCAAGGUCCAGGCGAGCAGGGGAGCGAGUGCGGGGAUAGACGUGCUACUUGUAGGAGGAGAUGGCACGACACAUGACGUCUUGCAGGGUCUACUCGCAUCAGAGUCGCAUAGCGCGAGGAUCAGGCUCAUCCUCGUGCCUGCGGGGACGGCCAAUGCACUUUAUGCGGCCAUAUACCCUCCAGAGACGUCGAAGAGGCAUCGCAAGGACCCUCACGACAAGGACAGCGAGCAUGCUUGGCGCUUACGCUCUCUACGCUCCUACCUUCGCGGCGAGCACGACGACGACGACGAGCACACCGGCGCUGGCGCGAAUCUAUACCCGCUCACGAUCCAACGUACGAUGCUGUUCCUCCCCUACGCAAAGGGAGAGAUACACACCCGCACGCAUAUAGUCACAUCUCACGCCCUUCACGCCGCCAUCCUGCACGACAGCGAAGCGCUACGUUCCACCCACCCUGGGAUAGAGAGAUUCAAGAUCGCCUCGGCACAGAAUGCCGUCCGGUGGGUGGAGGGGCAACUUACCCUCAGAGAGAGGGGAGAACAUGGCGUGCAGGUGUUCGAUUCGAGGGAGAAGCGAUUCGUCCCCUGUGUUGGGAAGAGGGUGCUGAGCGGCCCAUUCUGGUACAUGAUCUGUCCUACGGUGGAUCGCCUUGAACCUUCCUUCGUCCCCGCACCCUUCUCCUCGCCCUCGGCCAAGGGGCAGCACGAUGAACUGGCCCGCCCGCCCAAUGCGUUGGACCUCGUUCUCAUCCGACCCCUGCGCGAUCCCAUCGUCCAGCGACACCUUCGUGGCGACCACGCCCGCGAUGCAGCUCCUACUGCGUGGGAUGACGAGACCUCACGGCCCGCUCGAGAGGCGUUCGCCAAGGCGCGGGCAGCUCAGCUCACGGCGGCCAUGUACGCUGAAGGGCGACAUGUGUACUUGCGCUACCCGUGCGGAGGAGAUGCGGCUGACGAUGAGCAGCUCACGGAAGACGGUGAGGGAGAAACAGUCGUGGAGUAUUACAGGUGCUCGGGCUACGAGUGGUGCCCUGCACCUGCUUCGGAGCGCGCAGGGUUGACGUGCAUGGAUGGGACGGUUGUGCAAGCGGAGAGGACGGAGGUUGUUGUGCAUGGUGGCAGAGAGAGUGCGGGGAGGGUGAGCGUCUGGAUGUAGCGGGGCGAAACAUUAGCAUAGCGGUCACGGCGUCAGUCACGGCGCGGACAUGUGGAAAGGGGGUUCAACGAAUUCGAAUUUCGUAGAGAGAGAAAAGAAGAGUGGGAGAUAGUGAGGAGGCGGGAUAUUGGGGAUGACUAAGGGAAGUGCAACAUGAGAGAGACCAGGCUCGAGUCGCCUCGCCCCGCCACUUAGAGGACGGUGAGCACGCCGAAGGCGCCCAUGGCAAGGGCACCGAAGACGGCGACACUCUGAGCCCAAGGG